ACUGUGCGCCACGACCUCUCGGUAACUUCUGGAUUACUGGAAAGCAGAGGGGAUGAGACUACCAGAAAACAUGCCCCUGCUGAGUCCUUAUCUUCUCUUGCAGGAGGCUGAAGAGGAACUGCGCUUCCAAACCCACAGCACACCACAGGUAGCGUCUCUAACUAAGGCUAUCUCGUGGAUAGAAAUGGAAAGCUCAAACUCUACGCACGGACCUUCUUCCAUAAACGAGACCACGACUCAGAAUUCACAACGAAAAAGUGUCGAGAUGUCAAUCGGUUUACCGAUUUUUAUGUUUGCUGGAGGCGCAGUUGGGAAUUUAAUUGCAAUAAUCGUUCUUUCGGUAUCAAGACAGCAGCGCAAAUCUUCAGCUUUCUACACGCUGGUGUGCGGGCUGGCGGUGACGGACCUGCUGGGCACCUGCCUGGCCAGUCCGAUAACUAUAGCCAACUACCUGGACCGCAAUGUGCUGUUGGACCAACAUGUCUGCGAGUUUCAGUCCUUUUUGUUGCUGUUUUUCGGUUUGACCGGACUCAGCAUCAUAUGCACCAUGGCAGCAGAGCGAUACCUGGCCAUAUGCUGCCCGUACACCUACCAGCGGUGGGGAGUGGACCGACGCUUUGCGCAGAAGCUUCUGCUCUUCAUCUACAUCAGUCACAUCUUCUUUUGCUGCCUCCCAAUGAUGGGCAUGGCGAAUAGCAGACUGCAGCCGUCCGAAACCUGGUGCUUCAUCGACUGGAGGAAACACGACCCCGUGUCCACCACCUACUUCGUCCUGUACAGCGUCGUUAGCCUGCUGCUGAUCCUCGGCACAAUCUUGCUGAACCUGGCGGUGUGCGGCGCGCUGCUGCUGAUGCGCCAGAGGGUCGUGCAGCUGCCCGUCACCAGAGGCAGCGUCCGCGAAAGGUGGAGGGCUCUGUCCUCGGCCGCAGAGACUCAAAUGAUCGCGGUGCUGGUGAUGACUUCUGUGGUGGUCCUGGCCUGCUCAGCCCCACUAGUGGUUCGUGUGUUUGCAAACUGCUUCAAUGAUGAAAAAAACUUCAAAGCAGACCUGGCUGCCAUCAGGAUAGCCUCAGUUAACCCCAUCCUUGACCCCUGGAUCUACAUCCUCCUCAGGAAGUCCCUGUUCCGCCGGUUCCUCGGUUUAUACAGGCGAGGCAGCAGCAGCCGCAGCAGCUCCCCUCCUUUAACGCAAACCACCCUGUUUACUACCAACAUCGUGAAGGACAGCAGCGUGUUCACCCAGCUGAUGUGCAACGCCAGCAUCAUCACUCAGCUGCCCGCUACUGUCACAUUCACUCCGUGCGACACGGAGAGAGCCUCCAGCAGACUUGACUGUGCUGAGUGAGCACAUAUUCGACACUGAUGAAUGUUUGCUGCGUUAUGGUGGUAUGAAGAGCUUCACACGCGGCCACAGACUCAGAGCCGCUGAUGAUGAAGAUGUGGUGGGCCCACAGCAUGGAGGGAUCCCCAGAGCUCCUGGAGGAUUAUUUAUUGACUGAAAGAGUUGUGUGUCACAGGGCUGACAAGAAAAGAGAAACAAUGUUUGAUUGAGUUGUUGUUACUGAAGUGCAAUGAUAGAUCGAGCCUUUCCAUUCUGUGGCUUCUGCCUAGCUGAGACACUCUUUCGCUAGAUGAAUGUCGUCUCUCAUGGGGCUCACCUCCACCUUUCCCCUUCCACCUUCCUCCAGAUGUCUCUGACAGUGCCAAAGAGCCAUCAGAUGGUUCUUGUGAUGGACAGGAUCCUCCCUCAGCUCCAACCGUGUUUAUGGAAAACUCCCCGAUGGUUUGUGUGGGUUUCGUUAUUUCUUUUUCAUCAGGAGAAACAUAUGAAAUUAAUAAAGCACUGACCAAAAUAUGCUGAUGGCUGUUUGUAAUAAAGACUC